GCCACAUCACUCCCAAAGCCCAAUCAAAGCAAAAUCUCUCCCUCUUUUGUUUCGCCACCCAGAGACAAACUCCAAUAUCAGCACUGGCACAUGUAAGGGAAACUGUCCAUGUGGCAAAAUGUCUAAAUCCCCCAUUGUUGUGCCUUUGUUACCCCGGCCUCGCGAUACCACCGCGCUGUCUGUCGGCCAUAUAUAUCUGAACGUCCAAAUUUUUCCACUCUUAUACUGUGUGACUAGUUUGGACAAACAGCAAACAGUGGAAAAAUGUCUCAGUACUCAGGAAAGAUCGUGUUCUAUGAGGGAAAAUGUUUCACUGGGAGGAAGCUGGAGAUCUGCAGCGAUUGUGACAACUUCCAGGACCGCGGCUUCAUGAACAGGGUCAACUCUGUGCGCGUGGAGAGCGGCGCCUUCAUCUGCUUCGACCAUCCCGACUUCAAGGGCCAGCAGUACAUUCUGGAGCACGGAGAGUACCCCGAAUUCCAGCGCUGGAAUGCCCAUAACGAUCACAUGGGCUCCUGCAGGCCAGUCAGGAUGCAUGGAGAGCACUACAGGAUGGAGCUGUUCGAGGGAGAAAAAUUCACCGGCGAGUGUGUUGAGCUGUGCGACGACUGUCCGUUCCUGCAGGCUCGAGGCCUGACCAAGAACUGCGUCAACUCCCUCAGGGUUUAUGGAGACGGAGCCUGGGUGCUGUACGAGGAGCCCAACUACCGGGGCCGCAUGUACAUCGUGGAGAGGGGCAACUACUGCACCUUCAUGGAGUGGCAGGCGGAGAACCCCAACAUCCAGUCAGUCCGCAGGGUGGCGAACUACUUCUAAAGCACCUGGACCGUCGCAGGCAACAAUACAGCAGGGAUGAGAUCAUCCAGUGAGGAGAAACACUGCACGUUGUCAAGUAAUAAUCUCCCACUGAGUCUGUGGGGCUGUAAAAUAAUAAAAGAUGAAGAAAAUGUUUGACUUUGCUUGUUGUUUUAUUUUUGUACUGAA